CUCUCUCCCUCUCUCCUUGAUUCAUCAUCGUUUCAUGCUUCGGAGCGCGGACUGGCGUGUGUGUUCCUCGCACGGAGUUUCCACAUGUUUUUUUUACGCACGCGAACGUCAGGGAUUAGCUGACGAGCGAGGUGAUCCUAGUGCGCGGUGAGCUGGAAGACGCGCACGCGGAUAACGCGAACGAUAACGUCCACGGGUUGAAGCGAGCGAGAUGAGCAAGAAACGGAACAGGCAACCGGACGCGAACGCGGAAGUCAGCGACGCCUCCACCGAAUCCUGCGAGGAGGCGAGCACAGCGGUAGGUGUGAAAUGUCCACACAUAGCCAAGGCUAUCAAUCUAACGAAAGUGAAGAAGAACCUAAAGAAGACUGGUGUGGACGAAUGUUCCAUGUGCAAGAAGCUGGAGGUGGACUUCAAGAAAGAGGAUGAACAGCAUAUCACGAGGCCUUUGUGGGUUUGUCUGCAAUGUGGGGAAUUAAGCUGUGAUAAGGAAGAAGGCCAGCAUGCUAUCGGUCACUACAAGAGGCCUCACAGUGACUGUCACUGUAUGGUGACAGAUACUCAUCAUUGGAAUGUUUGGUGUUAUCAGUGCAAUGUUGAAGUUCAUCCCAGCAGCAGGAAAAAGCUGCUCGAAAUUGUGGAAUUCAUAAAAAAGUAUGUCGCCAUGCCACAUAUACCUCAGCAAUCGAAGAUGCCUGUGACUCAGUGCCAAAAAGAAAUGAUAGUCGAUGUACAGAGCAAGGAAAAGCAUAAAAUUUUGAACAAUCUUCCCAAAGUCGGGGGCUUAGCGAACCUAGGAAAUACUUGUUUCUUCAAUGCUGUGCUUCAGUGUCUGGCACAGACCCCUUAUUUAGUAAAGGUACUGGAUGAUCUACGUCUACCCGGGCAGAAAUUUGUCUUACCAGGUGGAAAGCACAAGCUUGUUGACAAUGAGGAUGAAGUGGAACUGCCACCAAUUGAAGGUACUUUGGAGCGAUGGGGCAGUUUUACGUCGGUUCUUUGCGAGACCUUAUCGAAGAUGCAGAGUACCAACGGACAUCAGACUUACACGCCCACGAAUCUUCUUUGCAAGCUCAAGAAGAAGACUACACAGUGCGUGGACGGUGGUCAGCAUGACUCGCACGAGUUUCUGCGACAUUUGUUGGAAAUAGUACGGAACGAGGAUCUUCGAAGAUAUCAGAGUAUAAUCCUGAAAGAAGUUGGUCUAAGUGAAAAGACUAACCCAGGCGGUGUGGAGAAAGGUCUGAAGUCUCGGGUAAAAUUCUACGGUUACCAGGCUAGCACGCGAUUGUUGGGGCCGGAAGUGGUAUUCCGGGGUGUCCUAGUAUCCACCUUGGAAUGCCUCGAUUGCCAUCACUCCUCACAACGUACCGAGCCGUUCCUGGAUCUGAGUUUACCCGUCACUCCGGACAAGCCGCAGCCGCCGAUCUUGAAGAGGAAGAACAGCGGCUUCGAGGAUACAUUUGACACGAUGAAUACUCAGACACGCGAAUGGCAAAUCUCCGAUACAUCCCGGAAACAGCCAAAGAAGGAGAAGAAGGCAGCGAGGAAAAACCGGAAGUAUAAGAGGCAUGAGAAUCAUAAUAAUUCUAGCAUAUUAAUGGAGCAGAAUAAUCCCGUGGAAGAAAAUAAUGACAGCGUUCUGAAGUCAGAAGAGAGCGACGCUGAUGUAGAGGACAACAUCGAGGUGGACAACUUCCAUCCGGAGGUCGGAGAAUCAGGUUACAGCUCGGAGAAGGCGUCCGCCGUCGCUAGUCCAAUAUCUCCCGCUGAUCACCUCCAUCACCACUCGAACAGUGAUCUCAACUGCGACGUAAACGACGUGUCUAAUCUGGACGACGGUAACCUGGACAACAACCUCGACUCGGCACAAGUUAGACAACCGGCGAACAUUAACGCGUUAACUAGCCCUAGUCCAACCGACGUGUCGAUGACGGACUUGACUCAAAUCAGGAUGUCGUCCGAGAAGGCAGACAGGAACGUCGGUACCGUCAGCUCUGAGAAUGAAGCGUCGGCAGCUGCACUGUCCACCUCUAUGAUCGUCAAUUCUGACGUUACGAGCCCAGAGGCGCCCACUGCGAGCCUGAGCAGCUCCAGCGCGUCCAAAGAGAGCCCCGCUAGUCCUCUCAACCGUGAUAAAGUCACGGAGAAGUUAGACGACGUCGAAGCAUGGAUGGAAGCUACUUUACCAAGGUGCAAUAGAAGGAAAUACAACGAGACUUCCAACGGGGACGAUCCUGAGGAACAAGACUUGUGUAACGGGGUCGGUGAUAUAAUGACGGGCAUGUCCAGGCUGGGGAUUGGAAGUGGGCAUCAAUCACCUGGCAGAUACUCAACCAAGGAGGGAGAAUGUUCCGUGGAGUCGUGUUUGAAUCAAUUCACCGCCCUGGAACUAAUGACGGGGAGUAAUAAAGUCGUGUGUGAAGCGUGUACAGCCCGCGAGAGAAAGGGACAAGAAGGUCCGUCAAAAAUGGUGUGCACUUCGAGUACCAAGCAGUACCUCGUCUCUCAGGUACCUCCGGUGCUGAUACUGCAUCUGAAGAGAUUCCAAACACAGAGAGUUGGCGUCCGUAAGGUUUUCAAGCAUGUAUCGUUCCCGAUAUUGCUGGACUUGGCGCCGGUUUGUAAAGGCCAUAAGAAACCUCGGCUUUACGCACUCUACGGCGUCGUCGAGCAUAGCGGGAACGUCCAUGGUGGCCAUUAUGUUGCUUACGUCAAGACAAGACUACCGUUACCAUCGGACGAUCCUCGCUGGGAUUUUCUUUCCAAGGAUAAAGGUGCUAAGGCAGAUGACGAAUCGUCGAACGGUUCUAGCUCAGAGUCUGAGGGAGAAGAAGCGUCGGCGAAAGCCACGUCCGUGGAACCACCACCCGGAAGAUGGUACUACGUAUCAGAUUCUCGAGUGUCGGAAGUGGAUGAAAAUACGGUAUUGCAGAGCCAAGCGUAUCUCUUAUUUUACGAGAGGAUUCUUUGAUUCGUCAGAAGCCUGCGCAGUGGAACAAAAUCAGAAACCAAGGGAGUCGCGUUCGCAUUUUUCGACCGAGCAGACAAACGGACUUGUAUAAUCAAUUUCCUAAUUCUACAAUUUUUAGUAUCGUACUGUGCGUUUUAUCAGAGAUGUACGAUAUAUAUUUAACUGGCGCGUAUAUAAUUUAACGAAUUAUUUAUACAUUUGCAAAAAAGCUGUAACCUAAUACAGGUAUCGGACGUUAGAUUCUCUCCUACAAUCGACGAUAACUUGCAGAUACUAUGAACAAAAAGUAAUUUUUACAAUCAGAUAUUUGAAUCGAUUAAUUUUUGGGAAUCUGUGUAUUUCCAGACUUCUGGAUUCUCAGAUUUCUAAAAAUUUGGAUAACGCAAAUCGGAGUUACUUAUAAUAUUUCUUCCCUGAUGGUUAGAUUAUAUUAGUUUCAAUCAGAGCAUUUAAAAGCGAUCGUUAGAAGCAGGACCAAAUAAAUAAAGAGAGUCCGAGAAUUUUUCAUCACAAAACACGAAAAUUACUCCGGUUUAUGAUACGUUAUUUUUACACAGUUGUAAAAUGCGUGAAAUUUAAUUGCUCAUAAUUCUGUGUGUUUAAAAAAUUUAUAUUCUUAUUAUUCUUUUAUUACUCGUAUUAGGAUUAUGCAAGGAGAGAACAAUUUCAGAACAGAAAGUCUGGAGAUGCGCGAUAGUGUAAUUUGUAAAUCAAGAUGAAUCACGAUAUUGUUGAAACAGCAUGUUAGGGAUUUUUUUUUCAAUAGCAUACUUCGAUUACGGUAAAUGCUGAAAUAUUAUAUUCGACGUAAUAUCAGUUACCAUGACAAUUAUUCGAACGGACACAACAAUUAUUUACCUAGGUAAACCACCCUUGUAUUAUCACUUACGCGCUGAUUGUAACCACCCUUGUAUUAUCACUUACUUACGUGCUGAUUGUAAAUUUCAUAUUUACUGUAAACGAAACGCGUUAUUGCGACGAAAAAUCUCUGGUAUGCGAGCUACAAUAGCAAUUAAUGCGAUUUAAGGAAAAGCCACCUCUGUUGCGUUCUUAUUGCGAAUAACAAUGUACACGUGAUUGCAUUUAUAAUAAAUUUAUUGCGACGAUAGGUGACUCACUAA